AUGAUAGAAUCCUCUCAAUUUGUUUCGUCUGGUGUUGGCUGGGGUAUUUUGGUUGGAGUGGGUGCUGCUUUCGCUAUUGGCAUGAUCAGUAUCUCCUGGCUUCUUACUCAUUAUAAGAAUGAAGUUCAGGAUUCUGAAAUGUUGUCCACCGCUAGGAGAUCAGUCAAAACAGGUCUCAUUGCCAGUGCUGUUGUGUCCUCUUGGACAAUUGGUUCUACUUUACUUCUUUCCUGCACUGUCACCUACGAAUUGGGUGUCUCUGGAGCUUGGUGGUAUGGUGCUGGUGCUUGUGUUCAAAUUAUUAUAUUUGCAGUUUCUGCAAUUGAGUUAAAGAGGAAAGCACCAAACGCUCACACUUUUCAAGAAGUGGUGAGAGUGAGAUUUGGGAAAUCUUCUCAUUUAACAAUGUGUUUAUAUUCUUUUCUUCAGCAAUUAUUUUACACUGCUAAUUUACUUGUGAACGGCUCUUCGGUUUUCUCGCAAAUUGCCGGUAUCAACAGGGAGGCCUGUUGCGUGCUCAUGCCCCUCUUUGUUCUUCUAUACACCUUGAUGGGAGGAAUCAAGGCCACGUUCUUGACUGAUUGGGUUCAUGUUGUGAUUAUAUUUGUCGUUACCUUGAUUUUUCUUUUCAAGGUUUUUGUCACCUCACCAUAUAUUGGUUCCCCAGCAAAAAUGUGGGAACUUUUGGUGGAAGCAGGAAAACUGUACCCUGUUGAGGGUAAUAAGGGUGGAUCACUACUUACAUUUGCAUCAGUUAAUGGUGGGCUAUUUGGUCUUAUUCUUUUUGGAACUGGUUGGGCAGCAGCGGUCGAUUCACAAUUAUUUCAGAAAGCCAUUGCUGCUAAUCCUUCAGGAGCCUUAACUGGAUAUACUCUCGGUGGAUUGUGCUGGUUCACAUUACCAUACUGUCUUGCAACUACAAUGGGUCUUGCUUGUAGAGCACUAGAAAUUACGCCCCAUUUUCCAACAUAUCCUAACAGACUUUCAUCCCAGCAACUCAACGAUGGUCUUGUCCUUCCAAUUUCCGCUUAUACUAUUGCAGGUCAAGGAGGUGCUUGUGCUAUAUUACUCAUGGUGUUUUUGGCAUGUACUGCAGCAUUUUCCUCCGAAACUGUUGCAGUCUCUUCCCUUUGGACUUACGAUAUCUACAAGGCAUACAUUAAUCCAAAGGCAAAAGGUAAAAAGUUGGUUUUUAUGACACACAUUGGUGUUGUCUGCUUUACUGUUGCCACUGUUGCUCUCGCAAUUGGUCUUGGAAGAGCAAACUUUGAUGUUUCAUUCCUAACAACAUGUUGUGGUAUUGUUGUUAAUGUGUGUGUCAUUCCGAUGGGUUGCACACUUUUCUGGAAAAAAAUGUCACCUCUGGCUAUGACAAUCACUCCAUAUAUUUCCAGUGCCAUAUCCAUUUCAGUUUGGAUGGGCUACACAUAUCAUCAAUCGGGAACUAUCAACAUGACAACAUUGUCAACAUAUCAAGCACUUGCUGCGGGAAAUACCGUUGCAAUUGGUGUCUCGGGUAUUAUUGCACCAAUUAUUGUUUAUAUCAAGCCGUCAAACUUUGACUGGAAAAUAUUGAAAGAAAUUCGCCAGGAUGAUAACAAAGAAUUUGAUGAAAAACAAGGAUUGACGAACGUGCUUUCUGGUGAAGAGGAAACCAACUUGGUGUUAGAGUUGCAACAACAAGAAGAGCAGAAAAUGAUAAGAAAGCGGAAUAUUGGAACUGUUUUUAUGGUGGUUUUCGUGCUCUUCUUUUUAAUUUUGUUCCCAAUUCCUCUCUAUGCGUCAAAUUAUAUUUUUAGCAAAUCAUUCUUUAAGGGUUAUAUUGUGGUUGCAUUUUUGUGGAUUUUCUUUUCGGUUGGUAUCGUUACUGUUUAUCCUGCAAUAGAAGCUUUACCAACAACUUAUGAUUUGAUCAGGAGAAUUAUCCAAAAUGAUCCAGUUAGUAAGAUGCAUAGUGACGAGUUGGUCGAGCAUAUUACUGCAGUUACUUCAUGCUUGCAACAAUCUGAUCAAAGUGAUGCAAAUAAGGUGCUAAUUACCGGUGAGAAAGAGGGUGGCAUUGUGGUGGAAAGUGUUGCAAAGGACAAUAUGUAA